GACGGGGGAGUAUAUUCCACUAAGUGACAAGUUGAGGAGGUUUUAGGCUAUUGUAGACGUUCCUGUCAUCAAGCCGAUCCUUCUUCAUUGGGCUUCCCCCUUCUCGACAAGUUACCUGCUCCUUGCCAAUCCCGCACAGGGAGCAGUGGUUCCUUCCCGCAGUGUUUAGUCCCCCCCAUCCACUUGGUAUAGUCUAAACGGCAUCCUUGCUUCCCGUCACCCCUCUCGGCCGACGCCCGUCCCAAGAUGGCGGCGCCCUUGUGCGGCGGCCGGUUCGGCCUGCGGGUGGCCGUUUCUGGGGUCCCAGAGCUGCUGUCCGCCAGCUGCGGCAUCCACACAACCGCGGUUUGCUGCAAGAACCGAGCGGCCCGGGUCCGAGUGGGGAAGGGGGACAAGCCUGUAACCUACGAGCAAGCCCACCCCCCGCACUUCAUCGCCCACCGCAAGGGCUGGCUGUCCCUGCACACGAGUAACCUAGACGGAGAGGAGGGGGCUGCCGAGAGGACGGUGGAGGACGUCUUCCUCCGAAGGUUCCUGUACGGCACCUUCCCGGGCUGCCUGGCCGACCAGGUGGUCAUCAAGCGUCGGGCCAACCAGCUGGUCAUCUGCCUGCUGCUGCUGCAGCGCAUGCCGCCCUCCAAGAUGUACUUCCUUGUGGGCUAUAGCGAGGCGCUGCUCUCCACCUUCUACAAGUGCCCGGUGACCCUGUGCCUGCAAACCGUGGCCCACAAGCCGGUGUACAAGCACAUCUAGGCUCCCCUGGCCCUCGAUGACCGCGACUGGGCGAGAGGGGCGGGGCCGGGGGAGGGGCCUCUGGCCUCCGGACUGUGCGAAGCUGCUGUGAAAUAAAACCUCCCCCCAUCUUAAUUGUGGCUUCCAAAGGAGGGAUCAGUGAUCUCUGUGGCUGUGAUUUCUCGUUAAAUUAAUGUGUAUAAUAAAACUUUUUGUUUCUGGUA